CUCCGCGGGCCCUGAGAUGCUGCGAAACUUUUGAGUCAAGGUGUGGGCGCGGUGACUCUUGCGCGGCGCUGCUUCUUCACAGUCACCGUACACGAUACUGUACACCACACACACGCCAUGCCGACCGUCCACCUGCUCGACUACGUUGCCGGCAACGUCCGCUCGCUCGUCAAUGCCAUCGAGAAGGUUGGCUACACAGUCGUGUGGGUCAAGUCGCCCGCCGACGUGCCCGCCGCAGAUAAACUCAUCAUCCCUGGUGUUGGCCACUUCGGCCACUGCAUGAGCGAGCUCGCCGCCGCCGGCUACGUCGAGCCCGUCCGCGCCCACAUCCGCGCCGGCAAGCCGUUCAUGGGGAUAUGCGUCGGCAUGCAGGCCCUGUUUGAGCGUUCGGAGGAGGACAGCAGUGUCGAGGGUCUCGGCAUCGUCCCCGCGAGCCUGCGCAAGUUCGACGACGCCGACAAGAGCGUGCCGCACAUUGGCUGGAACAGCGCCAACACCUCGCGCCCCGGCGACGUCACCGACGAGUCGCUCUUCGGGCUGCGGCCGACGUCCAAGUACUACUACGUCCACUCCUACGCCGUGCCCUACGAGGAGGGCAAGCUCGAGAAGGCCGGCUGGCAGGUCGCCACGGCGCGCUACGGCGGCGAGGAGUUCAUCGGCGCAGUGGCCAAGGACAACAUCAUGGCGACGCAGUUCCACCCCGAGAAGAGCGGUGCCGCCGGCCUGCGCGUGCUCAGGGCCUUCCUGGACGGGCAGAGGUCGCAGAAGCUGCCAGAGGUGCCGUCGGCCGCCGACACAAAGGAGGGUCUGACACGGCGCGUCAUCGCGUGUCUGGACGUGCGGACAAACGACCAGGGCGAUCUGGUCGUCACAAAGGGUGACCAGUACGACGUCCGAGAAAAAGACGGCAACGCUGGAGUGCGCAACCUCGGCAAGCCCGUCGAGAUGGCUAAGAAGUACUACGAGCAGGGCGCCGACGAGGUCACCUUCCUCAACAUCACCUCCUUCCGCAAUUGCCCCGUCGCCGACACACCCAUGCUCGAGAUCCUGCGCCAAACUAGCGAGACCGUGUUCGUGCCUCUGACCAUUGGCGGCGGCAUCCGCGACACCGUCGACACAGACGGCUCCAAGAUCUCCGCCCUCGACAUCGCAACCAUGUACUUCAAGUCGGGCGCCGACAAAGUCAGCAUCGGCUCCGACGCCGUCACAGCCGCAGAAGAGUACUACGCCCGCGGCAAGAAGCUCGCCGGCACCACAGCCAUCGAGACCAUUUCGUCCGCCUACGGCAACCAGGCCGUCGUCAUCAGCGUCGACCCCAAGCGCAUCUACGUCGCCUCGCCCGACGCCACCCCGCACCACACCAUCCAGACCGCCACGCCCGGCCCCAACGGCGAGCAGUACUGCUGGUACCAGUGCACCAUCAAGGGCGGCCGCGAGGGCCGCGACUUCGACGUGCGCCAGCUGGUCCAGGCCGUCGAGGCCAUGGGCGCCGGCGAGAUCCUGCUCAACUGCAUCGACAAGGACGGCAGCAACAGCGGCUUCGACCUCGAGCUGAUCGACGACGUCAAGGCCGCCAUCAAGAUCCCGGUCAUCGCGAGCAGUGGCGCCGGCAACCCGGGUCACUUCGACGAGGUGUUUGCGAAGACGCGCACAGAUGCGGCGCUGGGCGCGGGCAUGUUCCACCGCGGCGAGUAUACCGUCAAGGACGUCAAGGACUUCCUGCAAGAUAAGGGGCAGGUGGUGCGGGCGUUCGAGGCCGAGAUGUAGGGGGUUAUUCGUACAUAGAUUUAGAGAGGGGUAUAGUAGAGAAAAGUCAAUAUACCUGGAGUUGGGCUUGGCCCGUCGAUCAAGCACCGCGCUCCCAAGAGUCUGAACGUGAAACCCGUUGUCUCAAGACACCACCCUCACUCCUCGUCAUCCUCCUCCUCGCUCUCGACCUUCUUCUUAGCCGCAGCCUUCCUCUUCGGCGCAGCUCUCUUCGGCUUUACAUCCUCCUCCGCAUCCACAUCCUCCGUCUUCAACUCCACAUCCUCUUUCUUCUUCCGCACCGCCUUCGGCUUAGCAUCCUUCUCCUUCUUCCGCUCCACCUGCCCGCCAACCCUCUCCCUCUCGCCCACC